CGUGGGAAGCAGCCGAGCAGCUCCAGCCACUUUAAGGGUUAAGAAAGGACGCCGGAGCGGAAGGAAAGGGCGCAAAGGAGGGACGUCCCUCUCCUGCCCCGCCUCUCUGCCAGAACUGCGGGCUGGGAGCGCCGGAGGAGCCCCUCUUCGGGCGAUGUUGGCCGGCAGGGUUGCGUGGGGGGCGCCUCCCAAGAAAGUGGUGUGGCCCUGUCCUUCUGGCUCGCUGUCUGCCUGGUUGCUGCCAUGAACUCCCUGGUCUUCCUCUGUGCUCAGAAGGUCGUCUCUGACCUCACUAUCCUGCAGGAUGCCCUGACCUUCCUCCCAAAGGAUCUCUACCCUGUCUUGUUCAAGGCGGCCUUCAUGGACAAGAGGAACCUGUGCUUGCAACAGUUAGUGCAGACCUGGCCCUUUCCAGUCCUCAGUUUUCAGAAGCUGUUGCGAAAAUGUCAGCAUUGCGAACGUGCCCUGAUCCGGGAGAAACCCAACAAGUUUUGCAUCCAGAUGGUUAUUUCGGGAGUGGUGACAUACCUGAUUAAAAUGCUGGAGGAUCGACACCGCAAUAAGAGCAAAGGGCAGUGUCUGCAGGUGCUAGACAUGACUGGCCUCCAGGAUGAAGGGCAGGGCCCCGAAAGCAUGAGCCUCUGGUCCAGGACGGUCACAUUGGCGAAGGCUUGCCUGGAUCUCUCCAAGCAGCAGAGCAAGACCAUGAAACGGGCAUCCAAGAGGAGGAAAGGCCCCUACAACAACUCCGUGGCCCUUUCCCCCUCGCAGCCUGUGUCCAUGGAAGUUUGGGUGGAUCUUUUUGUGAACAGCACCUCCUACGGAGUCUUGAAGGAUGCUUUGCAGAUCAACAGCAGCAACGCUCUGCGGCUGAGGUGCCGGGACUUCCGGGCAGAGGAGCUCUCCAUCGCCAGUACCGUGGGGAUCCUGGAGUUUCUGGACCCGGUGGGGGUCCGGCAGGUGGAUCUGAGGUUCAACACCCUCGGUCUCUCCGGCUUGAAUAUUGUCCUCCCACACCUGGCCAAGUUCACCACUCUGGCGAGCCUGAAACUGCCCUAUAGCAACAUUGACGUGAGACACCGCAUGGUGGGCAUGGAGGGGAGCCUGCAGUACUUUGCUACGCAGCUCAGUCGUCUAACCUGCCUCAAGGAGCUGAACCUGGGCUCCUCCCGCCUUUCCGGCAAGCUGAGACUGUUACUAAGCAAAUUGCAAAGCCCUUUAGAGAGCCUGGAGCUAGCCUUCUGUUACCUCUUGCCCAACGACCUGGCCUACCUUUCCCAGAGCCUCCACACCCCUGCCCUGAAGAAGUUGGACCUGAGUGGGAACAACCUCUCUGACUGCCUUCUCCAGCCUUUCCGAGGCCUGCUCAUGCAGGCUGCCCCUACUCUGCUCCACCUGGACAUCAUGAAGUGCUGCCUGAUGGACACCCACCUGAGCGUCCUCCUCCCUGCCCUCUGCCACUGUUCCCGGCUGCGCUACCUGGGCAUGUUUGGCAACCCCAUCUCGGCCAAAGGGCUGAAGAACCUCCUCCAUAAGACGGUGGCUCUCUUGGACUUGCAGCUUGUCAUCUACCCCUACCCAGUGGACUGCUAUGGGGAGGACUUGCCGUGGCCCCCCACCUCCGCCAACCUUCACAAUGGCUCUGUGGACGAGGAGAAGUUCUCUCGGGUCAGCAACGAACUCCAGCAGAUGCUGCUGAAUGCAAACCGGGCAGAUGUCACCUGGACCACCAACCUCUGCCGCCACAGGAGCCUGGACUUUUUUAGUUUAUAGCCCUGCUGGUGUCUCUUGCCAACAGACAGCAGAUGGGCCCUCCCCUCUCUCCUGCCGCCACUUACCUGCCAACGCUCCCUGCCUCUCACCAUCCUGCAGUGGGCGUGUCCUGGCCGCCAUGUCUGUCCUGGUACUUCUAAAACCAAAAAGAUGCACCUGGGAUACCCAAGUGCAGCAGCUGUUGGAGGAGCUGCCUGCGCUCUACUUCCGGCCCAGAGAAAGAGAGAGUCCAGAGCCACCAAAGCCCAGCUCUGCUCUUUCUCCUUGCUUAGGAGUGGGAUGGAGUUCCCUUUGCGGCAGGCCCUUCACCUUAAAAGGACUGGUGGACAGGAUAGCUGCUUAGCGUUCCUUCCAAGCCCUGGAAGCAGCAGUGACUGUGGAGGAGGGGACUGGCAGGCCAGUGGUGGCAGGAAGAGAGGAGCAGAUGCCGUCUGCCGUGUUGGGGCAGCAAGUGGCAAAAUGUGCAUCCCUGUUAAAGACAAGGGCCAGCAUUGAAUGGCAGCCCAAAGACGCUCUGAGCCCUUUCUGGUGCAUGUAGGAAUGAAUACCUGGGGUUAGGGGUAGGGUUUUGUUUUGUUUGGGGUGGGGUGGGGUUUUUUUACAUCUAUUUUGUAACAUCUUAGCUAAAACUUUGCAAAGUGGAUAUCGCUGUCUUUCCUUCUGUGUGCUGCUGUGAGUGCCUGAGAUGGAGGCCAGUUGGGUGCUUGUAAAAGGAUUUGGCCCCUUUCGUAAAUAGACUUGAUGGCCAGAGGCAGUCUGUCGAUCUAGCAUCUGGAGGAAGAUCUAAUCCUAGUAAGGACAGAAGGAAGGGGAGAUGAGAUUAUAUACAGAGAACUUUGGGCUGAAAUAAAAGAUGAUUCAUCUGAGAGUGA